AUGGAAAUUCAAGGGGAUUCCAAGUUGAAUGUCAAGCAAGAUCGUUUCCAGCUGGAUUCAACUUCAGCCUUGAUUGGACAAGCAGGUGUGAACCAAUUGGGAGGUGUGUUCGUGAAUGGGCGUCCGCUGCCCGACUGCGUGCGAAGGCGCAUCGUCGAGUUGGCGCUGAUGGGCGUCAGGCCAUGCGACAUUUCGCGUCAGCUGCUCGUCUCCCACGGCUGCGUCUCCAAAAUACUCACCCGCUUCUACGAGACAGGCUCCAUCAGGCCUGGCAGCAUUGGAGGCAGCAAGACCAAGCAGGUGGCAACGCCGACCGUCGUGAAGAAAAUCCUGCGCUGCAAGCAGGACAACCCGGGCAUGUUCGCCUGGGAGAUCAGGGAGCUGUUGCUGACUCAGCGUGUCUGCGACCCGGCCGCCAUUCCGUCGGUCAGCUCUGUCAACCGCAUUCUGCGCAACAGUGGCAUCUGUCCACCUCCUCUCGUCGCCCCCUCCACCCCCGACCAUCACUCACCUGCCCCUGCCGCCACCGGCCAUCAUCACCUGCAACAGCCUGGAUUAGCUGAAAUGCCAGCACCGAUGCCGUUCCCAAUCUACAGCAAUCCAAACGUGUACUGUACGGCGGCAACAACAACAGCAGCUGCAACAGCAAAUGCAACAACAGCAAGGCGUUGCAGCAGCAGCAGCAGUAGCAGUGAAGAGGAGAGCGAGCCACCGCCAAAGAAGAAGAAUCCCUACUCCAUAGAGGAGCUGCUCAAGAAGACACCGGAAACCAGCAAACGCUCACCCAUACUCCUCUAUCCUCCUUGCUGUAUCAACCGGCAAAGCAUCUAUCUCUCUUCCAACAUUAUUAUUCCCUACUCAGGAUAG